AUGACAGCCAUAGCCCACAUGACGCAGGGAUCAGUCCAGAAGGCCGAGGUGCCAGCACGGCGUGGUGGCAAGGGCACUCUCUCCCAGCCCGUCAGCACACCGGCACCGGAUGUCAGGACCAGCGCCGGAGCUCCUCCCAAGCCAAACGCCCCACGUCCGCCCCAUUCCCCCGGCCCGCACCGGACUGCCUGGCGACACCGGUGCACUAAUGACCCGGCCAGGGACGUUCGCAGUGGGGGCUGGCAGGGCAGAUGGAAGCUGCGGAGAUCCAACAGGAAGUUGUCCGCGUCUUGCCGGAGUCCCGAGGAUUUUAAUCAUGCCUCCUUGUCUGUGUGUGAGUGCAGGCAGGCUGACAAUGAUUUCCUCAGUGAUUACGUACAGAGCGAGUCCCUGCGGGUUAGGGGCCCCCUCUGGAGCCGUCCUGAUGGCUUUGGGGGCCUUGCUUCCAUUUUCCAUUAUUAUGUGGACUACCGGAGCGACAGCGCAGUCCAGGACCUUGCAGUUACGGACAAUAUCGACCAAGAUCGACACUCCCCUCUCUCUCCCCCCCCCCCCAUAGACCCAGAGUGCGCGCUAAGUCCGACGGAGGAUGAACCGGAGGUGGAGCUGAGGAGGGGGGCCCUCGCAUCGGAGGAACCCGAGGACGGCGGCGAGGAAGAGGAGGAGGAGGAGGCGACGCUGCUGAGCUGCCCGGCUUGCCGGCAGGUGUUUGAGACGCCAGGCGACCUUGCCGAGCACAAGAUUAAUCAGGGCCACCUGACAGACGGAGCCGAUGUAGAUGAUGACCCAUCCUGCUCUUGGCCUGGCUCUUCACCUUCCAGCAAAGACCAGGCAUCCCCGGAGCACGGGGACGAGGCCGAUUUCGGAGAAGAGGAGGGCCGCGGUGGGCUGCCCUACCCCUGCCAGUUCUGUGACAAGUCGUUCAGCCGCCUCAGCUUCCUGAAGCGCCACGAGCAGAGUCACGGCGACCGCCUGCCCUUCAAGUGCACCUUCUGCAGCCGCCUGUUCAAGCACAAGCGCAGCCGCGACCGGCACGUCAAGCUGCACACGGGUGACAGGAAGUACCACUGCCGUGAGUGCGGCUCCGCUUUCUCCCGCAGUGACCACCUCAAGAUCCACAUGAAGACGCACGCUGUAGGCAAGCCGCACAAGUGCACUGUGUGCCGGCGCGCCUUCCAGUCCUCCAGCUCCCUGCACAGCCACAUGCAGGUCCACGAGCGGUCCAAGGACAGCGGCCAGGGCCUGUCCGCCGAGGACGACUGGAAACUAAGGGAGACCCAGAAGUGCAGCCAGUGCGAGGAGGGCUUCAAUGCCCCUGAGGACCUGCAGAAACACAUUGCCGAGUGCCACCCGGAGUGCUCACCAAGUCAAGACAGCGGCGCCCUGCCUUGCAUCUACUGCAAGGAGCUUUUCGCCGAUGAGGGUGCCCUCCUAGGCCACAUCGAACAGGCCCACACACGUGACAAGAAGAGCCAUGCGUGUGCUGUCUGCGCCGAGCGCUUCCGCACGGUCGAGGACCUCUACAGCCACAUGGACGUCCACCAGCAGCCCGAGUCAAGUAACCACAGCAACAGCCCCUCGCUGCUCACGGCGGGCUACACCUCCGUGUCCAGCACCACUCCAGACUCCAACCUCUCGGUCGACAGCUCCACCGUGGUGGAUGCUGCACCGCCCUUGCCCAAAACCCGGCGGCGGAAACGAGCUGCCCAGCAUGCGGCCGGAAUGGCCAGGCUGUCCUCCAAGCAAUCCAAGGUCACAUACAGCUGCGUCCACUGCAACAAGCAGUCAUUUUCUAGCCUGGCCGUGCUGCAAAUCCACCUGAAGACUAUGCACAUGGACAAACCCGAGCAAGCGCACACCUGUCAGUAUUGCCUCGAGGUGCUGCCCUCACUCUACAACCUCAAUGAGCAUCUCAAGCAGGCUCAUGGCACCCACGACCCCAACGCUCUGCUCUCUCCUGCCACGCUCCAGUGCAACUUCUGUCCCGAGGUGUUCGCCGACCUCAACGGUCUGCAAGAACACAUCCGGUGCCUGCAUGGUUUCCCCAGCCCAGUGGCGAAAGAGAGCAAUGCCUUCUUCUGUCCUCAGUGCUUCAUGGGCUUCCUCACAGAGGCCAGUCUGGAGGAGCACAUCCGUCAAACGCACUGCGACGGAGGAAGCCUGCGUUUUGACUCCCCCUUGGCUGGGACCCCUAAGGAUCCCAUUGUUGAGGUUUACUCAUGUUCCUAUUGCACCAACUCACCCAUAUUCAACACCGUUCUGAAGCUGAACAAGCACGUCAAGGAGAAUCACAAGAACAUUCCCCUAGCACUUAACUAUAUUAAUAAUGGCAGGAAGUCCCACUUGACUCUCAGUCCACUCUCCCCCAUGUCUGUGGACCAGUCCUCCUUGAAACAGAGUGGGUCCUCAUCCCGCUUGAGCAGUGAAUUUAUCUGCAAUCAGUGUGGGGCGAAAUACUCUAGUUUGGAUUUGUUUCAGACUCACCUGAAGAUGCACAUGGACACUAGCCUCCCCGAGCUGACUUGUCCACAGUGCAACAAAGAGUUUCCAAAUCAGGAGGCCCUGCUGAAGCAUGUCACCACCCAUUUCAUGAUCACCUCCACUUACUACAUCUGUGAAAGCUGCGACAAGCAGUUCACCACGGUGGACGACCUGCAGAAGCACCUGCUCGAGAUGCACACUUUUGUGUUCUUCCGCUGCACGCUCUGCCAGGAGGUUUUUGACUCCAAGGUCUCCGUCCAGCUUCAUCUGGCUGUCAAACACAGCAAUGAGAGGAAGGUGUACCGCUGCACCUCCUGCAGCUGGGACUUCCGGCACGAGUCAGAUCUGCAGCAGCACGUCAAGCACAACCACCUGGAGAGCCAGGGCAAAGUACACAAGUGCAUCUUCUGCCGGGAGUCUUUCGGCACUGAGGUGGAACUCCAGUGCCACAUCACCACCCACAGCAAGAAGUAUAACUGCAUGUUCUGCAGCAAGGCCUUCCACUCCAUCGGCCCUCUGGAGAAGCACCUGCGGGAGAAGCACUGCAUCUUCGACUCGAAGCCACAGAACUGCGGGGCCAAUGGUGCUUCUGUGGGACCCGAGCCCACCCCCAAGGAUGAUGCAGAACUGCAGGGCAUUGUGGCCAACAGCAAUGAAAUCCACAACAGCCACGACGGCAGCGAAGAGGAUAUAGACACCUCUGAGCCCAUGCAUUCCUGUGACAUCUGUGGCGCUGCUUACACCAUGGACUCCCUGCUGGCCAACCACCAGCUGCGGGACCACAACAUUCGCCCAGGUGAGAGCGCCAUGGUCAAGAGGAAGGCCGAGAUGAUCAAGGGCAACCACAAGUGCACGGUCUGCUCUAAGACUUUCUUUUCUGAGGGGGGGCUCCGGGAACAUACGCAGACCCACUUAGGCCCCGUCAAGCACUACAUGUGUCCCAUCUGCGGCGAGCGCUUCCCAUCCCUCCUCACCCUCACUGAGCACAAGGUCACCCACAGCAAGAGCCUGGACACGGGGAGCUGCCGGAUAUGCAAGAUGCCCCUGCACAGCGAGGAGGACUUCCUGGAGCACUGCCAGAUGCACCCGGACCUGAGGAACUCCCUGACGGGCUUCCGUUGUGUGGUCUGCAUGCAGACGGUGACGUCCACCCUGGAGCUGAAGAUCCACGGCACCUUCCACAUGCAGAAGACUGGCACCGCCAUGGCUGUACAGCCGGCUGGACGUGCACUCCAGCUCUCGCAGAAGAUCUACAAGUGCGCCUCGUGUCUCAAGGAGUUCCGCUUCAAGCAGGAUCUGGUGAAGCUGGACACCAGCGGCCUCCCGUACGGGUUGUGCUCCGCCUGCACGGGGGUGGGGAGUCAGAGCUCCAGCCCGGCUGUGAAUGGCAGGAAGCAGCAGCAGGAAGCCACCGCCUUGGCUCACGCAGACAGGCUCAGCCCUGGUGAGGUGAGGGCUAAGGCCACCCCUGUCAAGACGAGGUGCUCAAGCUGCAACGUCAAGUUCGAGUCGGAGACAGAGCUUCAGGGCCACAUGCUGUCCGUCCACAGGGAUGUGGGGGGCGACAACCACAGCGGCCCACCUCGAACACCCCAGGUUUCCCCCAUGCCCAGGGCCAGCCCCUCCCAAACCGACGAGAAGAAGACUUACCAGUGCAUAAAAUGUCAGAUGGUCUUCUACAGCGAAUGGGACAUCCAGGUCCACGUCGCGAACCACAUGCUCGAGGAAGGACUGAACCACGAGUGCAAGCUGUGCAGCCAGUCGUUCGACUCGCCCGCCAAACUGCAGUGUCACCUGAUCGAGCACAGCUUUGAGGGCAUGGGGGGCACUUUCAAGUGUCCCGUCUGCUUCACAGUCUUUGUCCAGGCCAGCAAGCUGCAGCAGCACAUCUUCUCAGCCCAUGGGCAGGAGGACAAGAUCUACGACUGCUCCCAUUGCCCCCAGAAGUUCUUCUUCCAGACAGAGCUACAGAACCACACAUCGAGUCAGCAUAGCAGCUGACAGGACGGAGGGCCCGGCAGACGGAGUGCGGCGAGGAAGAGACGGAAAAGGAAGGAGUAAAAGACGAGAGGGGGGACAAAGUGGUCCUGCUAUGAGAUCGUCAUUUCUUAUUUCUCGCGAGGAAUUUCCUGCAGUUGUGGGCAGUGUAAAAACUGUAUGGCUUAAAAAAAAAACAAACAAAAAGAGAAUGGUAUGCAGAAAGCAAAAUACGCAAAAAAAAAAAAAAGUCAGAAUUUCAAUGAACAAGCUGACGUGAUGUAAAUACAGUACUUUUAUUAUUUUAUAAAGCCGUGGGUGUGUUUUACAUUCCCCCCCCCAACCUGGAUCCAGGAAAAGCCAGGGGUGGGUUUGCCCCUCAGAGAGACAGAGGAGUUUCUCCUGGCUUUGAUGUUUGCUCAUCAGCGCUUGCCGGAAGAUUGUAGGAUCAUCAGUGACCCCCCUCCCACCAGUCCACCCGCCACCUGUAUUGCCCUCCAUGCAUCAGUCCCAUCAUUGCCAAUACAGGAGACCGGAUCCGAAAAGCCAAUGGUUUCACCUGGUCUGUCCCUGUUCACCAUGCAAAUAGACUGCUGAUCUCACGCCGCCGUUGUGGUCAGAUCUCCUCAUGUGGAAAAUGACUGGAGGAUGAGCCUCCUUUGAUAAUUCCUGUAUGUGCAAAUCUCCAGUCGGUCCAGCCAACCUGUAUGCUACUAUUAUCGAUGUUUGUUAUCUAACCAUGGUCUGGAGAUAAUGGAAUUCUUUUUUGCAAUGGAAAUAAAUCCAGUUUAACUUCA